ACAGCAUUCAACAGUAACUUUCCGCUGUGCAGGUCAGAUGCGCGCUCGAACUGGACGGACUGAUGAGUGAACGGAAGCUGUGAGAGUUUAACGGCAGGAAAUACUGAAUAUAACAACAAUUAUCACGCUAAGGGAGACAAGAGGACACAAUAAAGAUGACAGAUAUAAUGAACAACCCUGAACACAGUCGAGAAGACUUCACUGUGAGCGACAGCGGAGAGCAAGGUGUUUCAUUGCAGAUAUUUCCAGACACACAGGAACGCCACCCCAAGCUGUCCAAGCGUCUGCCCUCCAUCGUGGUGGAUCCCACAGAUGGAGGAGAGGUGGAGAGCGGAGAGUUACGUUGGCCUCCGGAUGACCAGAUGACCACAGAGCCUUCAGGCCCAACGCACACAUCUCAAGAGAUCGCGUCUGCCUCACAAACCCAGAUCUCACACAGCCAGAGCGCAGAUGAAGCCAAGUGCAGCAGCCUGGAAACAUCAGGGGCAGCUGAGCGUAACUGAAAUUUUUAUAAAUAUGUUGUUGCGAGUCUGUCAUUAUCACAAGUCUCAGUUCUCACAAACUGUUCACACUUAGAAAGAAAGACACAAACACACUGACAAGCAGCCAAUCUGCCAGGAAGGUGCAAAUAAGAUCAGAGCUCGCGAUGCUAUAUCUGAGCACCUUUUGUAAAGCGCUCGAGGCUUUGAAAAAGACUUUCAAAAGUCUUUCGUACUUUUUCAAAUGAAGCUCUUGUUACAUUUUAGCUGUGGUUUUAGCAACAUUCUCACAAUGCAUUUAAGUUUUAAAGCCUGAAUUAUGAAAUUAGGAAGCUGUUACUGUAUCUUUCCACACUGUCAAAAGCGAUUACUUUACUU